CCAUUGUGUCUCUCUUUGUUUCACUAAUUUUGUUGAUCUUUUUGUUACUAUUCUUUUUAUCUUUGACAAUUUUGUUUGAAGUUUUGGAUAAAAUAACACUCUUUUUAUCUUUUGUGUGGUUGGUGAUUAAUUUUCUUGAAAAUCUUUUCUUUUGCUGUUGUAAUGUGCAUAUAUGUGUGUAUAUUAAUGAAUUGAGAAUUGAUUGUCCAUUUUAUCAGUGUCUAUAUUGUUUGAAGAAAAUUAAAACAACACAAAAGCUUUCAAAUUUGUAACAGCCUCAAAUCAUAGAUCUCUCUCUCUCUCAAAUCCAAAUAGCCAACUAAUUCUUUACUUCCAAUAAUUCAUUUUUAUGAAUCUGGUUUUCUUCUUUCAGCUCUUUAUAUCACAUAUGGAAACGGAAGAAAACUUUGAGGAGAUGCUUGAUGAUCUCAAGGCCAUUCUACCCGAGAUCUACUCGACUUCCUGUCGACCCCAAGAUCAUCAAAACCAUGCAAGCAACAUUGUUAAUAGCUGGGAAUAUUUUUCAGAUACAACACAUCACACUGCAGACCCUUUAACUUCAUCUUCAUCUUCAUUAGCUACGGCUACCCCCAAAAUAAUUUCUUUCGAGAGCACCAAUAUCCUCUCAACAGAAGAUUGUGACGAUAAUUAUGAAGAUGGAACAUUAAGCCAAAAGAGGGCUGCCAGCCGGACUGUGUGGCAAGCUCGCGAUCAUCGUUUGGCUGAGAAAAAACGCCGUCAGAAUCUCGGCCAACUUUUCAUUAAUCUUUCCAAAGUUGUGCCGGGCCUCAGGAAGCUGGAUAAGGCAUCUCUACUCGAAGAUGCCAUCGAUUACCUGAAAGCCCUUCAAGAUCGAGUGAGCGCCCUCGAGGAAGGAAUUACGAGCAAGAGAAGCUCCACUGGAGAAUAUGAUUAUAUUUCUUCAAAUAGUGGCAACUGCAAACAGAGCACGAUUAGUGAAUCGGGCCCUGCAGAAAUCAAAGCCCGAAUAUUGGGCAAACAUGUCCUCAUAAAAGUUCACUGCAAGAAGCAAAAUGGAUUGAUGUCUAGAGUCCCAAGUCAGAUGGAGAAGCUUUAUCUAAAUAUGAUGCAGAGUGAGUUCCGAGGCACGGUGAAGGACAUUGUUGACCACUCGCACACCAUUUUCUUCAAACAACCGCAAGAUCAAGACAACAACAGACCAGACUAAUUACGGCACUAAUUACCUUGGUUUAAUUCUUAAAAACUUGUAGUACUAAUUAUUAAACCCACGUUUUCAAUGCCAAAGGAUUAAGACCUUGUGAUUAUCCCUCAAGUUAUGUAUGAUUUGAAUUUGAAUAUUUGAUUUGAUCACAGUUUUCUCUAUUUACUGCUUUGUGUAUAUAAUAUAUCCUAGUUAAUUCCUAUUAUAUGUUUAAUUAGCUUAUUUUAGGCACGUAUUUUAUAUGUAACUAAUUUACUUCGAGUGGUUUAAUGAGCUUUGACUUGUCCUUUG